CGAUUGUCCUGGCAGCUCCGCUCCGGCCCAGGGAAGUGGCGGGACCUUGGCUGCGCCCCGGGAGGGCUCAGCGCUUUUCGAGGGACUUCGGGGCCCGAAGGGCUGGGGCCCGGCGCCGAGCGGAGUUGGCAUUUCCAGAUUGGGGCUCGGGCCGCCCCUUCUCCAGGACCCUCCCCUCCGGACCGCGCUGGGCGCCGCGGGCGAUCCGGGUUGACUCUCCUGGCGCGGAAGGGUGGACAAGUCCUAUUUUCAGGAGAAGAUGACUUUUAACAGUUUUGAAGCAUCUAAACCUUGUGUACCUGCAGAUCUCAGUAAGGAUGAAGACUUUGUAGAAGAGUUUAAUAGAUUAAAGACUUUCGCUAAUUUUCCAAGUAAUAGUCCUGUCUCGGCAUCAACGCUGGCACGGGCGGGUUUUCUGUAUACCGGCGAAGGAGACACUGUGCGCUGCUUCAGCUGCCACGCAGCAGUAGAUAGAUGGCAAUAUGGAGACUCAGCGGUUGGACGACACAGGAAAGUAUCCCCAAAUUGCAGAUUUAUCAAUGGCUUUUAUUUUGAAAAUCAUGCUGCGCAACCUACAAACCCUGGUAUCCAAAAUGGUCAGUAUAAAGCUGAAAGCUGUCUGGGAAACAGAAAUCAUUUUGUUGUAGACAGGCCAUCUGAGACUCACGCAGACUAUCUUUUGAGAACUGGACAGGUCGUAGAUAUAUCAGACACCAUAUACCCGAGGAACCCCGCCAUGUAUAGUGAAGAAGCUAGAUUAAAGUCAUUUCAGAACUGGCCAGACUAUGCCCACCUGACCCCAAGAGAGUUAGCUAGCGCUGGACUCUACUACACAGGUAUUGAGGAUCAAGUGCAGUGCUUUUGUUGUGGCGGAAAACUGAAAAAUUGGGAACCUUGCGAUCGUGCAUGGUCAGAACACAGGCGGCACUUUCCUAAUUGCUUCUUUGUUUUGGGCCGGAAUGUGAAUGUUCGAAGUGAAUCUGAUGUUGUGAGUUCUGAUAGGAAUUUCCCAAACUCGACAAAUGCUCCAAGAAAUCCAGCCAUGGCAGAUUAUGAAGCACGGAUCGUUACUUUUGGGACGUGGAUGUACUCCGUUAACAAGGAGCAGCUUGCAAGAGCUGGAUUUUAUGCUUUAGGGGAAGGUGAUAAAGUAAAAUGCUUUCACUGUGGAGGAGGGCUAACUGAUUGGAAGCCCAGUGAAGACCCUUGGGAACAACAUGCUAAGUGGUAUCCAGGGUGUAAAUAUCUGUUAGAAGAGAAGGGACAAGACUAUGUAACCAAUAUUCAUUUAACCCAUUCACUUGAGGACUCUAUGGUAAGAACUGCUGAAAAAAUGCCAUCAUUAACCAAAAGAAUUGAUGAUGCCAUCUUCCAAGAUCCUAUGGUACAACAAGCUAUACGAAUGGGAUUCAAUUUCAGAGACAUUAAGAAAGUAAUGGAAGAAAAAAUUCAGACAUCUGGGAGCAACUAUAAAUCACUUGAGAUUCUGGUUACAGACCUAGUGAGUGCUCAGAAAGACAAUACACAGGAUGAACCAAGCCAGACCUCAUUGCAGAAAGAGAUUAGUGCCGAAGAGCAGCUAAGGCUCCUGCAAGAGGAGAAGCUUUGCAAAAUCUGUAUGGAUAGAAAUAUUGCUGUGGUUUUUAUUCCUUGUGGACAUCUGGUCACUUGUAAACAAUGUGCUGAAGCAGUUGACAAAUGUCCCAUGUGCUACACAAUCAUUACUUUCAAGCAAAAAAUUUUUAUGUCUUAAUCUAACUCUACAGUUAGGCGCAUUAUGUUCUUCUCAUUACCCUGAUUGAGUGUGUGAUGUGAACCGACUUUAAGUAAUCAGCAUUGAAUGCCAUUAACAUUUGCUACCAAGUAGACAAAAUGUAAAGUACGCUGCUCUAGUUUGUAAUCUAAAAUAUGAAUUUCUGGAUUGGAUUUGGGGGAGAUAUUAGCUAUGUUAUAUAUCUUAUUUUUUUUACUGUUAUUUAAUUGAAAGCUAGGCUAAGCAUCAUAUUGUAACUGACUGCAGUGUGUAUUUGUAGUACACUAACUUGGUUUCUAAGUGUAAGUGAAUUAAUCAACUGAAUUUCUCAUUCUUUUCAUAUAGGCUUAACAAAUGGAGCAUUCUGUGUAAACGUGGAGAUUAGAGUUAAUCUCCCCAAUCACAUAAUUUGUUUUGUGUGAAAAAGGAAUGAACUGUUCCACACUGGUGGAAAGAUAGAGAUUAUUUUUAGACGUUUGUCUUUGUGUUUUAGGAUUCUGUCCAUUCUCUUUUAAAAUUACACACACGUGCUUGGGUGGGUGAUUUUAAAAAAUGAUUUUGCCAUUGUCAAAAGGGUAUUUAAGGAUAGAAUAGCAUGUAGCCAACACGUACUGACAUGGAAAGAUGUCAGAGCUACAUUAAGUGUAAAAGGAAGUGGCAAAACACUAUGUAUAGAAUGAGCCAGAUGAAAGUGUGUGUGUUUUGUAUUUGUAUAGAACAAAAGAUUUGAAAAGAUGAUGCAUCAAAUUGUUAA